AUGGAUAGUGAUACGGAUGCAAUGUCCCAACAGUCGUCGGACGCGCCGGUGUUGACGGAGGAGACAGUGGAGGCCAGCAACGACGAGGAAGGCAGUAUAAGGGAGGAACCCAGACGCUCCGUGAGACAAGCUCAGAAGCCGGUGUGGUUCAAAGAUUAUGUUUCUAGUUGCUCGACGGGAAGAUCCCGCGAACGAAUCUAUCUAUCCUCCGGCGACCUCUCGUUGCUGGAAUCAGUGCGGCAACUCCGUACCAUCUGGUGCUUUCCCGAGUUCUCUUCCUCCCGAGUUCCUUCAUCUGUCAUGGCAAACAACACAUCCAGCGCCGCCAAAACUGAGAGCAGCGGCACUUCUUUACCGCCGCCAUCAUCGACUGUGGCAUCGGCAUCGCCGAUCGACGUUUUGUCGUCACAGUUGUUGCAACUCACUACGGUCAUUAGCGAAUUGACUGCAAGAAUGGAUGGCUACGAUUUUCGCCGAGGCGAUACGUCAUUCGUGGGUCGGCCGCCUCCAGCGCCGCCUUUCUCCCUGCCCACUGCCUCGAUCGGUAUUCCGUCCAUGGGGUCUACCAGACCGCCGUUUUCUUCAGGGAUACCCCAUACCCUGGGCCUCUCUCAACCGACCUCUUUUCCGAGUCAUGUGUUUUCGGAUGCUGGGAGUGCAGUCCCAACGUCUACACGGUGCCAACCUUGGCAGUUCAGCAUGCCCGAGCAGAGACCGCUGGACAGAGUGCCACUAUCUCGCCCUCCAACGGUGAGCGCCUCCUCCUGUUGGGGCCCGCCACGACCUCUCAGCCAAGGGGGAAUAGGUCUCGGUGAUCAAACACCGCAUAGGAUCAAGAUGGAGUCCCCCAGGUUUGACGGAACAGAGGUUACUAAUUGGAUUCCCCUUCGGGGAAUCCAGUUCUACUUCGAUCAUGUGGGCACCCCACAGGCGCAUCGAUUGCACUAUGUGAUAAUGCUUUUUGAGCCGGCUGUCGCGGAUUGGAUUUGGAAUUACUGCGGUAGCAACGAGUUUGUGACAUGGCCCGAAUUUCUGGAUGAUGUUCGUCGCCGCUUCGACCCCCAGUGUUAUGCUGUGGGUGUUCUUGACCGUAUUUUGCUUGAUUUGUAUGUCGUCAGGCUGAAACAACCCAUCCAAGACGAGGUCCUCCUUCACCGGCCCACCACCCUGGCCGCUGCCUUUGCUCUGGCUGUCCAGAUUGCGGCUUGCAGGCCUGAUCUCUCCCCGCACCCGACCUCUUUCUCUCGGCGACAAUGGCAGCCGCGGGACAACCGCCUGUCCUCUACAUCGACGGCACCAGCCAGCCAGGCAUCGCCGGCACUGGUGGGAAAACCAGUAGCGACCGCCCAGCCCUCCACCACUCCAGUUAUUCGGCUCUCCGCUGCGGAGAAGGCUGAGAAGCGGCGCUUGAAUCUCUGCUUCUACUGCCCAGAGAAAUGGGUGACCGGCCAUGUUUGUAAACAUCGAAUUUUGGCCUAUAUGGGUGUUAAUGAGGACGAGGAUGAUCCGGUGGAUUUUCAGGGGGAUCCCUCUCCAGAAGAGGUGAUAACUGCUGACCUGUCUCACUUGAUGGCGAUGGAUGGCCGCCGUCGCUCUAAAUCCCUCACACUUUCGGGUGUCAUUGAGUCUGAGCCCGUAGCGGUCUUGGUGGAUACCGGGAGUUCUCAUGAUUUUCUCCACCCGCGGAUCGCGGAGAAACUCCACCUGCCACUCACUGCGGUACGACCAUUCCUAGUCUAUGUCGGCAAUGGCGAGUCUUUGGUAUGCUCCCACAUGUGCAAAGCGACCAAUCUGACGAUGCAAGGGACGCCGUUUUCCAUCGACCGACAUGUUUUACCCGUUCACGGUCCCGAUGUAAUCUUGGGAAUGGAAUGGCUUGAGUCUCUGAGUCGGGUAACUACCGAUUUUAUUGCAAAGUCUAUGGAGUUCGUUCGUGGUGAUGAGUUGAUCGUUCUCUCCAGUGUUGCGCCCUCACCCACCCAGCUUUCAUUAUCUUCCUUCGGCUCCCUGGUUGCACAUGCCUCACUGUUCGAGUUAUAUGAGUUGGUCGAAGCACCGCCUCUCGCGGCGCAGGAUCAGCCUGAUUUGGAACCUGAAUUCCCCGCGGAUCUGCCAGCCGCUAUCAUCGCCGUGCUCACUAAACACACGGCUGCCUUCAAGCUGCCAAGCGGGCUGCCGCCAGUGCGCCAAUUCGAUCAUCGGAUUCAUCUCCUCCCCAACUCCAAACCGGUGAAUGUACGUCCUUACAGGUAUCCUUAUUUUCAGAAGAACGAAAUUGAGAAGCAGGUUAAGGAUAUGUUGAGCCAGGGCAUCAUACAACACAGUCAGAGCUCUUUCUCUUCCCCGGUUCUCUUGGUACGGAAGAAGGAUGGCACAUUUUGGUUUUGCAUCGAUUACCGCACAUUGAACAAGGCCACAGUUCCUGAUCAUUUCCCCAUCCCGACGGCGGACGAGCUUUUUGAUGAAUUAGGAGCGGCUCGUUUUUUCACCAAGUUGGAUCUCUGUUCGGGGUAUCAUCAGAUUCGGAUGCACGAGUCUGACACUUACAAGACCACGUUCCGUAAGCAUGAUGGUCACUUUGAGUUUUUGGUUAUGCCUUUUGGCUUGACCAACGCCCCGUCGACUUUUCAGUCCGCUAUGAACUGCAUCUUCCAGCCCCUUUUGCGGAAGUCGGUCAUUGUAUUCUUCGACGACAUAUUGGUGUACAGCCCAACGAUGGAGUCGCACAGUGUUCACAUAGAUCGGGUUUUAUCGAUUUUGGAGGCUCAUCGUUUCUUUGUGAAGCUUUCCAAGUGCACGUUCUGUAGCACCACUGUGGAUUAUUUGGGGCACAUUAUUACCGAAGGCGUCCUCAAGGCCGACCCCGCCAAAAUUGAAGCGAUGGUCGCCUGGCCUACCCCGGCAACAGAUUCCUUCUCUUGGACAUCGUCGGCAACAGAGAGUUUUGAGGCGCUGAAACGCGCUAUUACGGCUGCUCUGGUUCUCCACCUACCGGAUUUUACUCGGACUUUCUUCUUGGAGACAGACGCUUCGGACUUUGGCAUUGGAGUUGUUCUUAUGCAAAAUGGGCAUCAUAUUGCCUUCUUCAGCAAGAAAUUGGGGCCCCGUCGCAGAAGCGCCUCCACUUAUCAUAAAGAACUAUAUGCUAUUGUUGAGGCCGUACAGAAGUGGCGUCAGUAUCUCUUGGGUAGGGAGUUUAUUAUAAGAAGCGAUCAGCAGAGUCUUCGGGAACUCCUGCAGCAGGUCAUACAGACACUGGAACAACACUUCUAUGUCCGUAAAUUGAUGGGUUAUAAAUUCUCAAUCGAGUAUAAAUCUGGAGCGGCCAAUAAGGUGGCAGAUGCGCUCUCGUGCAGAGAUGAGGAGGUGGAUGCCGAUGCAGCGCUUUUCACGCGCUAG